AUUUUAGGUCAUUUGGAUCCGGUUACAGUUGCAGUGGGAAAACCUGACAAACAGGUCUUCGUGGGACCCGCCUAACAAACAGGAUUAUAAAAGGCGCACCCGACAAGUCAGGAACUAAAAGGGCAUUAACAGGCAACACAGGAAAGCCUAAGAAUCACUCAACUACCAGUGCAGCUCGCCUGAUAUACUGGACAGCAAAUACCCACUGCUUCAUUUAAAGACAAGCAGUCGCCUCUUUAAGCCGAUCAGCGCAGACUUGAAGGAGAUUAAACAAGGAAGUUCUAUUUCUUAUCUGUUGAACUGAAAGAAAAAUCGCCAAGAUGAUGAUGCAGCUGACAGAAACGCACAACCAGAAAAACUCCCUCUUCACCGCCAUGAACCGCUUCAUCGGCGCCGUGAACAACAUGGACCAGACCGUCAUGGUGCCCAGCCUGCUGCGGGACGUCCCGCUGGACGAGGACAGUGAGAUGAUGAGCUCCAUGAGAUCGGAUGAGGACGAGGGGGACAUGUACAGCUACUACCAGCUGCUCAAGUCCAUCCGCAGAGACAUGGAGUGGGGGGUCCGCUGCGCCUCCGCCGACGAGAGGCGCAAGGAGAGCAUGAAGAUCACCCGCAUGAACUCGUCCGCGUCCACCUCCUCCUCCUCGUCUUCUUCCUCCUCAUCCUCCUCCUCCGCGUCGUCAUCGUCGUCAUUCGAUGAAGACGAUGAAGAGGACGGAGAUUUGCAGAAGCUGUUCCAGUACCACCUGACCGGACUACAGGAUGUGCUGUCCAAGCUCACGCAUCAGGCCGUUUCUCUCACCAAGCGCUACAAACAGGAGAUUGGCAUCGGGGGAUGGGGCCAUUAAAGGUCUCUGCACCGCGAAACUGAACUUUACUGACUUAUCAAUAGGCCUUAAUGCUGCUGUAGCUGUGACUACUGGACAAACAUUGAAUGGUGGCAGUUUAUUUUCUCCAUGGGCCCACAUGGUGUUGGUCUGCUCUGUAUUUUAUUGACUGUAGAUGCGUUGAUCUUGAAGAAAGCAUGUGUGUCACACUCAACACCCACCCUCUCUAUGUUUUGCACUCCAGAGUGUUGUACACACCAUGCAUUCAGUUCCUGUGAUACGCAGAUGAAACGUAUUUAAACCUUUAUUUAAUGUAUAAUUUAUUACCUCACUGUAUGUUUGAGAGCCAGAUGUUAUUUCAAAGUUGGAGGACUGUUUGAACUGCAGGACCAUGUCAUGUGAACCACUCCCUCUGAGGGGGAUACUAACAAAAGACUCAGCAUCCUCUCAGUAAUGCUGAUGAUGUUAGUUGGUUCAUAUGCAUUUUGUCUCUGUGUGUGUGUGUGAGACCAGUGCUCCUUCAAACUUAAUGCUUCUGUUUCUUUAAAUUGUGCUUUGCAUGGAAGGAGGCACAAUGCUCACGCUGCUGCAGCUGCCUAUGAUCUCCCAGUAUCCCACAUGGUCAAUGAACUGGAAUCAACAGAUAAUUCAUCUGCAUAGAGGAUUAUGGUUUCCAUGAGAUGCAUGGUUGUUAUUGUCAUUAAUUUGUUGUCACAGUGGAAUUAUGUCCCAUCUGUCAACAUAUGCAAAUACUUUUGUAUGCACCUUCUGCAAAAAAUUUUGUACCGAUGAAAUAAAACUUUUAUUUAAAUGUA